GCCACGAUGGCAAGGUGGUGCUUUCGUUUUGUGGACGCGUCGAGGUGCCUCACAAUUGAUUGAUUGCCCGCACGUCUCUGCUGUGUGUCUGAGUGUCUGCAUGAGUGUCUGUGUCUUCCGUGUGCGUGGGUGAGGACGCACAACGAGAAUAAAUCAGGACUUUGCAAGCACUCAGCCAAUGCAAUCGACGUGCGUGUGUCAUCAGCGUUAAGGGCAAACUGUCAAAGUAUCACAUCACACACCACUCACCCGCCCGCACUCAUCGAUGCGGCACGAACAUGCUCAGACAUGAGAAAUGAGAAGACAGUCACGCCUCCACGCUGCCAUUCUCACCCCAAGCCGCCUCACUCACCAGAAUGUCGCCGUCUGAUACAUCCAUCCCCCACAGCGACGCACCACCUACCAACACCAAUGCAGCACGACACACAAGCAAUGAGAGAAUCCAAUGCACUGUCACGAGCACUCACUCUCCCUCAACCCAGCCCACCCCACCCACCGCUAAGGGAGAAAUUUAUCCGAGGAGCGCUCGCUCCAGCCGAUAUUCGGUCAGCAGGGGCCGAGCGGCAGUCACACCGAGGGGGUACCGCUCGAUGGCCGUGCGGUCCUCUGUCGGCGCCUCGGUCGUGUGAAGCCGGAUGUUGCCAUCUACCAGCCACAGGUAGGCCACGAUGGUAUCGGUUGCCUUGGUGCCCUUGAGGAUGAUGAGUCGCCGACGGUCGUCAUCACCGUCGAACCCACGCUCCUCGAUGAGGUCGACGAUCUCGCAGCCCUCGACAGUUGCUGCCGUCAGCAGGGACCAAUACCGAGUGUCGUCACGACCGACAAAAACAGCGGCCACCAGCUUCUGCUGCGCCCCCUCUUGGUCAUACCACAGCAGCAGGACGGUCCGCUUGAUGAAGGUCGUGAAUGAUGGGUAGAGAUAGUCACCCCGGCGGAUGGCGGGGUUGGCGGCAUCGUAUGUGGCUCGGUAGGGGUAGGUGGGCGGCAGAUCGGACAGGGGGACGGUCGUGAAGUCGAUAUUGCCGAUUCUGUAGCGCUGCCUCGUCACGCCACCACUGCCAUCGCCCGGCUGCCCUCCUCUGGGGCGCCCUGCUCCCUCCUCUAUGGCACUUCCGCCGCCACCUUCUGCCUGAUGCUGCUGGCCGAUGUCGGCAUCGUGUUGCUCGCUCCUGUCGUCCAUGGCGCUGUCGCUGUCCUGGCCGCUCUCGUUGCCGCCAUCGUCGGCAUCCUCUUGCUCUUCAUCCACCCGCUGCAGUGCCAGGCUGGUCCCUCGGUGGCUGAGCAAAUGGCCGAACGUGCUGUAGACGGCCAGUGCGAGGGGCAGCUCAUCGAAGGCCGUCUUGGUGGCCAGGUGGUCGGCCGUCCACUGUGGCGACAGCUGCAGGGGCAGUGCCUUGAUGAGCUUGCGGUUGCGCGCCAGGUGGAUGAAGUCGGCCAUCUGCUGCCAUAGCGCCCCUCCUCGCUCAAGCACAAAGGCGCAUUUGCUGUAGUAGCCGAACAUCGACCGAUACACAUCGACGAGGCCGGUCAAAUGGUUGCUGUCGAGGGAGCCAUCGAUGCGCUUGAGCAUGAAGGCCUCGUUGAUGAGUUGUGUGCCGUAGUGCGUGUUUGUUGCCCGCGCCGGGCUGAUGGCCACGUCGACAGGGAGGUACCCCACCACUCCAUCCCGGUAAAUUUCGGCCGGCAGCCGGUUGGCCGUCACGUCCACGGCAUUGUUGCCACCAGCAGUAGUGGCUGUGGGUGGGGUGGUGGUGGUGGGGUGAGGGGGGCCAGGUUGCUGUGUGGUGUCUGGUUGACAGGGGGGAGGGGGCGGGGCGGCAGAGAUGUGGUGGGCGAUGGUCUGAAUGGCAGCCGAGAGGGUCGACACGCUCGACUUGACGGAUGACCACUCAUGGGCAAUGACGGACGCCUAAAUCCAUCACAUAGACGACAGAUAAAGCGGGAUGUGUUGAGCCGCCCCUCCCACUGUGUCUGUGUGACUUCACCUGGUCAGCCGGGAUGGACGUCAUUUUCAGCGGGUCGACGGCAGACACCUCAGUGGCCACCUGACACACACACACACAGAGCACACAAGUCAUGGCAUCCAUCCCUCAGUGGGUCGAUGUCUGUGUGUCCUUCACCUGCUCUAUGAGUGAGUGUAUGGCCGCCAGCCGACCACACACAUCGCCCGACCCGCCACACACAGGGGGGGAUGCCUGCACAGAGAGCGACCAUAGGCACACACAGUGAGACUCAGUGAUUCACACAGUGGCGCGUUGUAUUUGCCUCACCGAUGCUGCUUGACUGUGCCCCUGCUGGUGCUGCUCGUGGUGGUGAGCUGCCGCAUCACUCAUCACGCUGAUGCCUGUGCAAGCAGAUGUGGUCCGCACCACGUCUGUCCGUCAGUCAGUCAGUCUGUCCGCUGUGCUUCUGAGGUCUCACCUGCAGCAUCAAUCGCAUGGCCGUCGACCCGCCGGCCCUUUGCGUCACCUCCAACAGAGUCAUUGGAGGACAUUUCUUUC